AAGUUACCAUAUCAGAGAUUUCGAUAAGAUGUUAAUCAUGUAGUUGUUGAAAGUUGUCCAAUUAACAAGUUGUGUUGAGUAAUGAUAAACAGAAGCACAGGCAUUUCUGAAUAACGUGCGUUCAAAGACAAGCAAUUCAAUGCUGCACCCAGAUACAUCUCCGCGCAUUUGUAUUAUCAAAUUUGUGGACCGGAUUCGUAAUCGACAAGUGCGAUUGAUCGAUGCACUGUGCGCAACGGUGUGCGACAAUAUUCGUGAUGAAAGCAGCAGUUGGAUGACAGUACUUUAAACAAACUCGAAGAGUAUCAUUUUCUUCCCAUUUCCUUGGUUAUACAAAUUCAUUAGCAAUUGGAGAAAUCUAAAUAGAUUUUCGAUGGCGUUUUGAAUAAUUCAACCACGUCAUCCGGUUGAUAAAAUUCGCAUACUUUUCAGCACGGAAUAGUGUGCAGUGCUGUGGCAAAGCAAUUCCGAAUAAGAUGACAUGAAGGAAAUGAACACAUUUUUAUGAAUAGAAGAAAGACAAACCAUGGUUUUAAUGAACCAUGGUUAAGAUAGAGGGUGUACUAAUUGUGAAAACAGAUGCACAUGUAAGCUGAAGAAAUUAAAAGGCUACAAAUAAACGCACGUUUUAUUAAAUACAAAUACAAAAUGGAUGAGUGUAUGUUAAACGAUUUAUUGGAAUGUUCGGUGUGCUUAGAAAGGCUGGAUACUUCUAGCAAAGUAUUACCUUGUCAGCACACUUUCUGUAAAAAAUGUUUAGAAGAAAUUGUUAGUACGCACAGAGAACUACGCUGCCCUGAAUGUAGAGUGCUGGUCGAUGUUAAAGUAGACGACUUGCCACCAAAUGUAUUGCUUAUGCGUAUUCUGGAAGGAAUGCGCAAUGCUGCGCCUAAGAAUAUAAAAACUGUUAUUCGAAAUAAUCCAGGUCCGCAGCGGCUAUUUGGUGGUCAUCAAGUUGCUCCAGCACCUAUUGUAACCGCAAAUAUCACAUCUGUUACGCACACUAACGAAGUAGUACGUCAUGCUAAUGCAGCAGCUAAGCAGGUACAUUUACACAAUCAGACAUAUAGUCGAGCCAUAUAUGAUUAUGUGUCCAAAGUACCUGGCGAUUUAAGUUUUAAGAAGGGUGAUAUUGUUAUCCUCCAUAGAAAAAUUGAUAAUAAUUGGUAUUAUGGAGAAUGUGGUACUAUUCAUGGUGUUUUUCCACUAUCCUAUGUGCAGGUGAUGACUCCACUGACACCACAUGUACCACAAUGUAAAGCUUUAUAUGAUUUUAGAAUGACCAAUGACGACGAAGAUGGUUGUCUUACUUUUAAUAAGGGAGAAGUGAUUAGCGUUAUUAGAAGGGUAGAUGAAAAUUGGGCGGAAGGAAAACUUUUAGAUAGAAUAGGCAUUUUUCCUUUAGCCUUUGUAGAACUUAAUAGCGUUGCUAGAGCUUUAAUGAAGUUGUCAACAAAUGUACAACCAGGUCCUUCACGAAUAGCACCACCUACUCCUACCAACGAAGAAACUACUCCUUUGAUACCAACCGAUCACUCACGUAACAUUCAAACAACGAGCCAACCUCAUUCACAGAUAACACAGACCACAGCAUUGCCAGUAUCAGAUUCUAGCUCAACUGUAUCUUCUGGAGGUAGUUCUACUACAACUACUCCAAACACACCUAAUAGUUCGAGUACUUCCAGUAGUUCUAGUACUGCUCCUAGCAGUCCUAGCAGUCCUGCUACUUCUCCCUCAGCAGUUGGAAACAGACACAAUGUCAAGCGUCAUAGUUUUACUGCUAUGAAUACUGGUCAUCAUGCACAUUCCCAUCAUCGACAUAGUGCUGAAAUACUUAGUCCAGCUAUAGACAGUGGCCUUAACAGUGGAAACAAUAGUUCUGCCAAUGAAUCCUCAUCUGUACAGGCAUUAGGUAAUAGCGUAGAUCAAAGUUUCCGACAUAGACGAAGUGGUAGCAGUGAUUUAGUUCUUGCUCAACCAUCCCAAAAUUUAUCCAGUAAUUCUAAUAAUGGUACUCAUUUACCAGCUGCUUAUGUAGCUUUAUAUCCAUAUAAACCACAAAAAGCAGAUGAACUUGAGUUAAGGAAAGGGGGAAUUUAUAUGGUAACAGAACGUUGUCAAGAUGGUUGGUUUAAAGGAACAUCCAAUCGUACACAAAAAUGUGGAGUUUUUCCUGGAAAUUAUGUCACACCAGCAAAGUGCCAGCGUGGUUUAUGCAGAGGAACAUCAAAUACUACACAACAUCAAAACUCUCCAUUGACAAUUGGUCAGAGCAAUAAUGAAUCACGAUUAACUGUUACAUAUACCAAAAACAAAGGACCUGCACCUCAACCUUACAAUAUAAGAACAUUACCACCACCUGCAUUACCACCUCGUGCUAUUAAUCCAGUUCCACCUGUAUCGUCUUCACGACUCAAUCAAAAUCAAGGCAUAACACAAGAUAAUAGUCCUCCCAGACACAAUGAACAAACCUCUGUUAUAACGCCGUUAGGUCGUAGUCAUAGUGCAGUGAUGACAUCAAAUUUACCUUCCCCCGGUAAACAAGUAUUGUUGCAACCUGCUUUGACAACAUCAACAACACCUGCUAUUAGCAGUAUAACCAAUAACAACGGUACAGGUAUAAGUGCUACUGUUGCUGCUAUUUCUGCUGUACCCGACAGAAGCAAAAGUCCAAAUAAUACUUUGCAUACAGCUAGUGUCUCUACUCCUACUUCAAGUACUGCUCCAACUUCAAAUAAAACUGGUGAAAAGCCAAAGGAGAAAAAAGAUAAAUGUGUUUCAUUAAUGCGUCGUCUAACUAAUAUAAAAAAAUCUAAAUCACCCCCGCCUGCUACUUAUUCAAUGGAUAAUCCUGUAUUUGAGGAUGGUAAUGCCGUGAAUACAAUGCAUGUUAGAUCGGGAUCUUGUCCAAGUCAGUUGCUACAGGUGGCACCCACGCAGGAAUUAAAUGCUUCGAACAGCCUUCAUCGCAUGUACCCAGGCUCUGUGCAAGGGCACGUCACGUCCUCACAGAGACUAAAAUUCAAGGAGAGACCCUCUUUACAGGUCUCAGUUUUUGAGAGAUCGAACGAUACAAGUGGAGUAGUAAUGUCUAUGCCAAUUGCCGGUAAUCAUCAUCGUAAAAGUAAUUCUUUGGAUACUGGUAUAGGUAAACAAGUGAAACAGCAACCUUCGCGUGAACGUGACCGAAUAUAUAGAUUUCGUUGUAUAGUACCGUAUCCACCUAAUAGCGAAUUUGAAUUAGAACUACGAGAAGGUGACAUCAUUUAUGUUCAUAAAAAACGGGAUGAUGGAUGGUACAAAGGGACACAAGAACGUACCGGACGUACCGGCCUUUUUCCAGCAAGUUUUGUAGAAGCUUUCUGAGAACCAGCUCAAGGUAGAUUAGUAUUGGAGACGUGUAUAUAACAAGCGUGGUAUAAUACUGUAAAAAGAUACUAAUAAGUCAUGACAAAUGUAAGAAUUAACAAAUCAUUUCUUAAUGAACUUUCGGUAUCGCAUAAAAAAUAAUACUGCAAUUAAGAUAUGCAUGAUCAGAAUGUUCAAGGUAUAUAUAUUAUCCGAAUAUUAUACACUAGACUAGUAAAAUGUGCUUACAAUUUAUAUACUAUUUAUACCAGAGAGGGGACAGAAUAAUGUAAAUAAAUACGCUGAUACUUCAAACAUAUACUGCCAUUAAUAACAUAGUAAGUACAGGAAUGACUAGGUAAUAAAAUACAUUUUGUGCAAUUUUUAUACUGCCACUUAUAAGUGACUAUUGUAAAGACUUUUUGUUAUUCUUCUUUUAAUGCUUUUUUAUUUCAUUUGCAAUAAGGCUGCAAUUAUAACAAAUGCAAAUACGUAGUGUCUCAACUAAAUGAGAUCACUAAAUAUUUCCUUUGUUUUUAAUUGUAUAAAAAGAUUUCAAAGGAAAUAGUAAUAUUGAAAAAAAAAAAAUAUAUAUAU